UGUUGCCACGGGAAACAGUGCACUGUUGUUCAUGAUGGGGAACAAGUUGUUUGGUCCCUGCGCCAUCAGUCUUGCCAUUCUUGUUUUCCACGAGGUAAUUGGCUUUACCAUAAGGAACGAGCUGCUGGGGAAGUGUUUGCAGGUCCUGCCGGAUGCCUGUCCCGGGGUGGGGCUGAAGGAGUGCCGCGUUGGCUCCACCGUGCAGGAGUGGCAGUGGCUCCCAGAGGGCCGAGCCCUUGGCAGCCUGCACACGGGAAAGUGCCUGAGUGGCCAUGAGCGCCAUCGCAGUGUCCGAAUGCACCGCUGCGGCCGUGGCCCUGAGGAUGGAACUGGGACUACAGGCGACAUGGGAGAUGGGAAUGGCCAGGCAUGGGCCUGCUCCAGGAGGGGCCACCUAACGCUGUUUGGAAAGGGGCUCCACCUCACCGCCCGUCACGUGUCCUCCGAAGUCGUCCUCUCCGAAGAGCGUGGGCUGGCCAGCAAGUGGAGAACGCCAGGCAACCUUACUGUCUGUAGCAAGAGAGAGGACCAUCGCCACCCUCGUCCCCAUGGGUCCUUGCAAUCUACUGCUCAACCCGUCUCAGCAGGGUUUGGCUGGGAAGUGGUCAUGCUGGUGUUGAGUUCUAUGGCCUUGGUAUUGGGGACUGUUAUACUAACCCUCAACAUUUUCCACAGCAGAGUCUCCAAGUAUCCACUGAUGACCCAAAACAUUAUGAGCACCUGCCAAAACAGCGCGGAUCUGUUGAGGCAUGGACUCUACAAGACCCCUGAAGGUGUCCUGUGGUAUCUGGCACCAAGACAUUAGCAGCAGAUCUUUCAAGCCCUGCCACCAGGGAACACCACUAUCAUGAAGGGAUGUACCUGGUCUGCAGCAAUGUUAAGGUAAAUGGCACAUGUCAAAUUGACAUCCACCAGGGCUUCCCAGCAGAACAUUGCCCAGAGCAUCACACUCCCUCCACUGGCUUGUCGUCCUCCCACAGUACAUCCUGGUGCCAUCACUUCCCCAGGUAAACGGCCCACAUGUACACCGCUGUCCACGUUCUGUGAAAGGAAAUGGGACUCAUCGAACCAGGCGACCUUCCUCCACUGCUUCAAGGUCCAGUUCUGGUGCUUGUGUGCCCGUUGUAGGAGCUUUUGACAGUGGGCGACACUGACCGGUCUACGCAGCAGGGUGCGCCGCACAUUCACACAGGUUGUGUUGCACAUUCACACGGAGUGCGACACAUUCACACGGGGUGCGUUGCACAUUCACACAGGGUGCGUGACACAUUCACACAGGGUGCGUUGCACAUUCACACGGGGUGCGACACAUUCACACGGGGUGCGUUGAACAUUCACACAGGGUGCGUGACACAUUCACACAGGGUGCGUGACACAUUCACACGGGGUGCAUUGCACAUUCACACGGGGUGCGUUGCACAUUCACACGGGGUGCGUGACACAUUCACACAGGGUGCGUGACACAUUCACAUGGGGUGCGUUGUACAUUCACACAGGGUGCGUGACACAUUCACACAGGGUGCGUGACACAUUCACACGGGGUGCAUUGCACAUUCAUACAGGGUGCGUGACACAUUCACACAGGGUGCGUGACACAUUCACACGGGGUGUGUUGCACAUUCACACGGGGUGCGUGACACAUUCACACAGGGUGCGUUGUACAUUCACACGGGGUGCGUUGCACAUUCACACAGGAUGCCCGACACAUUCACACAGGGUGCGACACAUUCACACAGGAUGCGUGACACAUUCCUCCGUAACAUCAUUCACAUUUUCUGUGACUUGGGCCACAGUAGACCUGUCAGUUCGGAUCAGAUGGGAUAGGCUUCAUUACCCUCACGCUCAAUGAGCCUUGAGUGUCCAAAACCCUGUUGCCGGUUUGUGGUUGUUUCCUCCUCAGACCACUGUCGGUUGGUACUGACCACAGCUGACCGAGAGCCCCCCAAAAAAACCGUUUCAGAGAUGCUCU